CAACUCAUGGUAAAGUCUUUACAGCUUUGGAAAAAAAAUUGUUAAACGGUACACAACACACUUGGAUAUACACCACAAGUUCUAUACAUCAGGUUACAAGCUAGAGCCUGAGCUCCCGGCCAAAAUGAGAUUAUCGCUGCACACUGUCAUCUGCUGCUGUGUUUUUACCACGGUCUUGCCACUGGUGAAAGGUGCCACAGGAGAACCCAGCACCAGCCUGAAAAAAAGGUUUAGAGUGUGGUUGCAGAGCCACAUGAAGAGAGACCUGCGCAACAGCUUAGUGACAGCCAAUGAGCAAGACUCAGACAUCCAUGUUGGACCACGGCAGGACAGACAUGCAAAAGCUCUCUCUCCUCCAUCAAGCUUUGGGGUAAAUAUACGACCCAAAAGAUCAUCUGGCUGCCUCCUCGUCACAUGUUUAUACCAUGACCUGGUCGACCAACUGAACAAGAUGACUGACAAGCGAAAAGAGACCAAAGCGCCUGAGAAAAAGAUAGGCUCGAAGGGCUACGGACGCCGCCGGCGCUCACUCUUGGAUGCCGCUCAGCUUGCCUUCCAGACAGGAAGACAAAGACAGAGCACUAAAGCUGGUCGGCGAAUCAGCAGAAACAAAAGCACAAGCACAGUGGCCUAAGACAGGCAUGGAAAGACAAAAGGAGAAUCUUCGUUAGCGUUAUUUGCUCAUGGCAGAUGAAGAUAAGUCCCCAGUUUUACAACUACAUAUAAUAAAAGAAGGGCUACUACAUCUGUACGGCCCUUCAGAGGAAGCUCAGGUCACUCUGGAUGAAAUCAAGAUUCAAAUAAUACACACUGAGACUCUUGCUUGCACAUGCUUAACUGCAGGUUUCAGUGUAUCUUGAACAAGUGUGAUUUAUGAAUGAAUUCAAGUCAGACCUGUGAGACUUGACGAGAAUGUCUGCCUCUUCUUCAGCUUCCAAAGUGAGCUUGGCAGCUGAGACAGAAGACGGUUCCUGAGGACCUUCUCUGAAAUAUCCAUGUACUGAGCAGGAACCAGUUCUGCAACAGGGGAGCCUUUUCUCUUCUCAAGAAACUGACAGUACUCGAUCCCCAAACUGUUGAAUACAGGAUCCUCUCACAAGUGAACCCAAUGUGGUGAACUGCUUGAUAGGUGCAAUUUAUACAAUAUGUGCUAGCUUAUGCAUAGUUAAAACUAUAUCACUGUCAGCUUAUAUGUAAAAAUAUAUAGGGAUACCUUAUAUUUAAGCACAAGGUAUAUGUAUAAUUUUAUACAACAAAAAUAUACACAAAACAUCUCUUUUCGUAUUUUAACUUAAGUGAAGUAUUUGAACUGUGCAAAAAACAAGUGUUGUCCUGUAUUCUUUAUGUGCAUUAAGUAUCUAAUCACUGAGUUACACUAAUUGCCUUGACAUUAUUGUAUUGAUUAAACAUGUAUGUAUGUACUGGAACCUAAUACUAGAGAUGUGUUACAUACAUGUGUUUGGACAGAGAAAGCCAUGCCACCUAAUAACAAAGGGUUCAUCUGGUUUGUGGCCAAACUUUGAUACCAUGAUGGAGAGCCUCUUGUUGCUGUGACACAGAGGGACUGAUGAGCUAAUGAAAGUGUUGUGCUGCCAUCUAGCUUUACCGUUGGCCACAUGUAACAGAUGCAGGCCAAGGUGUCUCAAAAUCAAAGCACUUACUUUGGUUGUUUGAAAUGUUACAUCUUUAAAGCUUUAACGUUGACAUUUAUUUACUUCCAUAUUUGUUAUGAAUUCUGACCUACUUACAAUUCAGCUGAAAUUACUUGAAUUACUAAACCUGAUUUAUGUCUUGUGGAAAAUGCCAGGAACUGUAAUCACUUUUAGCUGAAUGUUGUCUUUUUUCAGAAUUAAAUGAACAAAUGAAACCUGAA